CUCCCUUCCACGACAGACCCACUGAUGCAGUCCUUUCUCCCUCAAACCUGAGUCGCGACGAAGCUAGACAAAAUGGUGGUCCCUACAGUUAAAAGAAAGAUCGUUAAAAAGAGGACAAAAAAGUUUAUCCGCCAUCAAUCUGAUAGAUAUGAUAAGCUGAAGACCAACUGGAGGAAACCAAAGGGUAUUGAUAACAGAGUGCGAAGGAAAUUCAAGGGACAAUAUUUGAUGCCAAGCAUUGGCUAUGGAAGUAACAAAAACACCAGACAUCUGAUGCCUGAUGGUUUCAAGAAGUUUGUUGUUCACAAUGUCAAGGAACUGGAACUGCUGUUGAUGCUGAAGGGAAGCUAUGCCGCAGAAAUUGCACACAAUGUCUCUAGCAGAAAGAGAAAGGACAUAGUUGACCGAGCUCAACAGCUCUCUGUUAAAGUAACUAAUGCAAAUGCUAGACUUCGCAGUGAAGAGAAUGAAUAAAUCCUCAUGGAAAAUUUCAGUUAAA